CUCAACAAGAUCGCUUUCCUUUCGAGUGCUCGUGAGCUGGUGGGAGAGAAGAUGAAGGAAGGUCUAGAAGGGAUUAUGUCUGCCAUCAAUCAUAUUCAUUCGUUCGGACUUGUGCAUAAUGACAUUAACCCGGCAAACAUUAUGAUUGAUGAGAAGGGUACGCUUGUUCUUAUCGAUUUUGAUAGUUGUCGGUUUAUCGGGGAGUCGUUGAGAGACACCGAAGCGAAAAGAACACACCAAUGGCAUGACCCUUCUGUCAAUGUUGCGCUGGAGAAGAAUGACCUUGACGCGUUCAGAGAUUUACGAAUUUGGCUGGCUGGAUCGGCGGAUGAAGACUUUUUAUUUUGA